CAUAAAUAUCUGUCUUCUCCAGUGAGGGUGCCCCUUACCAUGCCUUUAUUUGAAUACGUUCCCAUAUCUUCCGAUCUGUCUUCCAAAACGGGGUUGUUUUAAACACCUAGGGAUUUCUAUAAAACAUUUACGGCGACAUGGCAAUGCAAAGAUCGUUUCAUUUGUUUCUAUUUUGGUUAACCUGCUUUGAAGUUUUGUUUUGUCAGUAUACGGAAGAGGAUUUUCUGUCCAAUCGCAUACCAAGUCAAACGCCUGCUGUUGUCUCAGAAGGUCCCAACUUUUUUGAAGAAUCGUUCACACGAAAGCCGAAAAAGGUCCCACCUGAAGGAGGAAGUCGAUAUUUAAAUGGAAAGAGGAAACCAAACAUGAGGAACACAGAAUACCUCUAUGAACUUAUGGGAGAUGAUUUCCAACCCGAAUGGAUGUCAACGAAAAAACCAAAGAAACCGUGGAAACCCGUGCCAUUGAGUGAAGUGAGUUUAAAUGUCUCUGAGGAGAUCUUGGCUAAGCAGAAACAUUUAACGCUAUUUAAAAACUUCAAUUUUACGAAAGAACUUGCACAUAUGCAACCAGAUCUUUUGCCUUACGAAAACAUGAUAAAAUCUUGGCUGACGCAGAGAAGUUCAUGCCCAGUUGCUUUUGAAUGGAAGAGCUUAGGGCCCACUUAUUGGCCGCGAUGGUUCCGGAAUGGAAACUGCCUGGAUCGCCAUGGAAAAUGCUCUCUCCCAUUUGGUAUGAAGUGUAUACCUGAAGGAAUAAUACAUCUAUAUUUCUUGCGCUGGAGGUGCACGAAACGCAUCAGAAAAGAAGACAGAUCUGUUGUUUAUGGACUUAGAAAGAAGGAAUCCAAGUUAGAUCGUACAUCCAGGAAAAUUAGAGAAAAAUGUGAGUGGGAAAAAAUAUCUAUACCUAUUACCGUGGCCUGUAGCUGCUCUUGCUAAUUAUCAUUUAGACGACAAAGAAACAAAUGGACAUUUCUUGUUUCGAAACAUUUUUGACAGUAACUGUAAAACCAGCUCAUUUUUUGAUUGCUUCUGGUAGGACAGGACUUAAUAGUAGCUGACAGUACAGCUCUCUACAUGAGUGUCUGCCAGCUACACUUUGUGCCACAUAAAUCGGUGACUUUUAUGAUCCAAUUAUAGAUUUCAGCUGCAAGUUGUUCAACUGCAACUGUCAGUUGAAUGGCUCUUCGUAUUAAACAUUUUCUUGCGUUAUCGAACUAUAUAAUGUGAAUAUUAAACAUAUGCUAGUGUAUUGAGAAUGUAAUUAGACUAUUUAAGCUGCUAUACUUAUUAAAUGUCUACAUAGCAGGUAAUAGCAUUCUAUAUAAUUUCCCUGUUGUAUCGCAGCUGGAUAUAUUGCUAUUUUGAGUAACGCAUGUGUUACCUAAAGUAUUCCCAGAUUUCUUUUUUUGCUUAACUGGCUAUGCUUUACUGCUAAUGUUUUUAAAUACUAUGCGAAA